AUGUAUUAAAGAAUGGUCUUAAGUAAUUCCUUUAUAGCAUUAUUAUUCAGAAAUCUAAUACUUUAUUUAUAGAAAAAGCUACAAUGCCCUCUUUGUAAAACUCACUUCAUAAAUGUGAUAAUUUCUAAAAGAAUUUAUUAUGAAUAAACAUAAUAACCACAAUCUCCAUAAAUAACAGCUGAUGCUACUACUGCGUAUCAACUUGAUAAUAACAGUAGCUCAUUCUAAAAAGCUUAUUUUGAUUAAGAAACAUCGAUCAGUGACGAUAAUAAAAAUAUUAGUAUAGAAAAGAGUAGGAAUCACAAGAAAUAACCUAAAUUCAAAAUCACUAAAGAGCUAAUCCGUUUGGAUAUAGUGAUGAAAAACGUGACAAAUUAAUCUUUGGGCAUAUCAGGGCAAACUUAAAGUUCAUCUUCGUCAUCGUCGUCUGCAAUGAGCAUGCAUUAAAUUCAGAACCUUUCAAAUAUAUUAACCAAUUAAAAUAGACCACCAAUUUAAUUAAAUGCUCAUUAACCAAGAAUUAUUUUUUCUUAGUAAAAUCAUCUUAAUCAAUAAUAAAUUUAGAAUGAGCUAUUAAUAGAAUAGGAAAAAAUUGAUAAAAUUUUACCUCAACUUCAAUAAAAUGUUUAAAAUAAUUAGACUCUUCAGUAAAAUUUACAUCCUGAUUACAUUAUUUAAUUGAUAAAAGAAUUAUCUAACACAGACACUUCUUAGCAAAAUCAAAAUCAAAUUUCUAAUCAAGCUUAACUCAUGUUAAGAUUACACUUAUCAAAUACAAGAUUUUAACUUCUAGGAUAUUUAUAUUCAAGUCUUUUCAAAUCUGACUUUGCUCUUGGAGUUGGUAGUCAUGAUCCUUUAUAUCAACCACACAACAGUUAGUAAAUAGAAUAAAAUUAAUUAAAAAUACUUAAUCAAAUACCAUGCUAAAGCUGGCUUCAGUUAAAUAAUAUUCUUACUAGUUAACUUCUUGAAUAAACAAUCAAUCAAAUUUCUUUUACUGCAAAAUUCUUUAACUCUUAAAAUCCCCCUUCCAAUUACUAAUCCCUAGAAACUAACUUACAACUGUAACAAGGAUAGCAUUAAUUAUGA